GAGAGCCUCUCAUUCAUAAAAAAAAAAAAAAAGAGUUCAUUCAUAAAAGCUCCAUUUUUUUGUUGUGCCUGAGAAAGAAAACGGUAGGAUAGUUAAUGUGGAAGUGAAACAGCGUUGGAAACCUGGAAACUGCCAGAGUGUCUGGAUGAGUGAGAUGGGACCGCACUCAGAGUGACUGGAGCGUAGCAGACCGGACUUUAGACUUCCCAGGACAUCACCAGUCCCAUACCGCGCUCACUUCUGUCUAGUUUCCUGAUUAUGAGAGAGGAAACCUUACCCAGUCUCAAAUCACAAACCAGACUCUUACCAGGCAUGCUGAAGCGCACCAAAUACAGCCGUCUGCGCAAUGAUUCCCUCUCAACGCUGGAGGAUAGACCUCAAAGAAUGCUGCCUCUGAAGGGGGACCUCUGCUUGGAUUCUGAUUUUGCUCAGAUGAAUGCAGGGAUGCCCACAAACCAGGGGCAGUCCACCCUGAGGGACUUCAUCCCCCGUGUAGCCAACAUCCGAUUGCAUAGUCCCAUUUCCCUGUGUGGCCUGAGGGGACAGACACACACAGCCGGGGACAGAAACAUUGACGGACACUCGGAGAGACCCUUGCCCAGGACAGAGUCUUGCUCCGGGCCUGAUCAGAGAUUUUGUAGCCAACGGCCCCGAAGUGUGCCACUGUCUGCCAGCCAAACCCUAAACCAGUCGGCGCUGAGCUUUACAAAAAGACCCGUUACCCUGCAUCGCAUGACCAGCCUCCCCUGGACCCCCAGCUGUCCUCACAGAGACGGGCUGUGCUGUUCCAAGACUUUCUCUGCAGUAGAUGACUGUACAGUUGUGCAGCCUGCAAACAGAAGGAUUCACCAUCACAUCAAGUAUAUGGGUAGUGUGGAGGUGACCCAGUCGAUGAGAACACUCGACUUUGAUACCAGAAGGCAAGUCACACGAGAGGCAAUCAGCAGACUGUGUGAGAGGACAUCAGCCAAGACAGCGUUUAAAAGCAAAAGGUCCGUCUGUAAGGGACUGACUGCUGUUCUGGGUCAAAUCAACCUUCAGUUUUCAGGCAGCAGGAUCGUCCUGGCUGUCUCUACUGAUAGUGUGACUAUGAUCGCCGCCUCCUCUUUACAUAAGAUUGCCCAUCACCCCAUGCAGGCCGUCUCAUUCGCCUCAGGAGGAGACCCGGACAUGGCAGAUUAUAUCGCUUAUGUUGCAAAGGACCUCUGCAAUCACAGAGCAUGUCACAUCCUGGAGUGUCCCAGAGGUCGGGCCAAUGAGGUUAUCAGCAGCAUCGGCCAGGCCUUUGAGGCUCGAUUCCGCCAACUUCUGAGCCAACCCCCAUCGCUCCUCUCAAACAAUACCAGGUCAGCAGGGAGACUCUGUCACAUAUGGAGCCCAGAGGAGACAAUAACCGAGCAAAAGGCAAAGCAGCAGGAAGGUGAAGUCAGCGAGCAUCGUGACUACUACAACAUGACCCCAGGACAGACGCCAGCACCUGUUGGAGAAGACAACCUGUGGAUCACAGGGGAGGAGAUCAAACAGACAGCUGAUGUACCAGCGGUUUGUUCGUCUCAGUCUGUUUCAAUGUAUGAGAACUGCUCCAUCACAGAGGAGACUCCGGCUCCAUCUACAGACUCACUUGAAUCUUGGACAAACGCUGAGCCAUGUUCCCCUCUACCUGAGACAUCCAUCCAGAACCUGAUCCAGGAGGAAGGUUGGUUCCAUGGCAGGUUAGGCAGAGAGGUGGCAGAGUCACUUCUCACCUGUAGUGGUGACUUUCUGGUCAGAGAGAGCAGCUCUGCCUCUGGUCAGUACGUCCUCAGUGGGAUGGAGGGAGCAACAGUGCGACACCUGCUACUGGUCGAUCCACAUGGACAGGUGCGAACUCGUGAUCAGGUGUUUCUGAGUGUUGGUCACUUGGUGCGUUUCCACAUGGAGAACCAGACGCCCAUCAUCUCUGGGAGCAGCGAGUUGUGUCUGAGGCAGCCGGUGCUACAAAGACACUAACACACACUCACAAAUGUUCACAGGCUGUCACAUGCAUACAUCAGCCUUCUGCAGCAGUAGUUAUUCCAGUUAUUCUUUUGUAGCUGAGACAACAAUGUUCUGAAGAAAUGAAACUAUUUGGCUUUUUUUUUUUUAUCUACUUGAAGAAUCAUCCUCGCCCUGCCAACACGUCAGACAUCACUGUCCAGAAUAAAUGAUUGUCUGGUUAUUAAAACACAUACAUUUUGGAAGUUCAGUCAUUUGUCCUCCUGCCGUAACACACUCCUAAAGACUUGUGCAAACUGUUCAUCGCCUCGUGUUGUGAACAGCUGCUGGCCUGCUGAACAUCCUGUCUCACUGCCUCAGGCUGAACUUGUUGGUGUUUACUCAAAGAUUAAGCACAAUCACUGGUGUCAAGAGGAAAUUAACCAGAAUGUUGGCAGAAUUACGACAGAAUAAUCUUUUUCACAUGCUUAAUUUCUCUUGUGUUCCUUUGUUUUUGAUUUGUUAUUGUUUUGUGGCCCCAUUUCCUUUGCUUGAACAUUUUUGGACAUUUCUUUUCAUCCCUUGGUUUGUUACGUUCUGAAUUUGGAUUUCAGUCACUGUGUGUGAGCAGUAUCUCCAGAAAGAGAUUCACAGUUUAGCCUCAGAUUAACUUCUUUAUGACGUUUUUGUUCUCCCUUUAAAAUGUAAUCAAACACAUCUUGUGUUUCUUCACAAAAUGGAUUCUGGGCUGCACUUGUCACUUCUUUCUUUUUGAACCUCAAACCACAAAAACUGAACUUGUUUUUCUUCUUCCACCUUGAAGACACAUUUAAACACAUGUUCAAGUUACAUCAUAACACAAGGUUUUAUUUAAUGGGAGGAAGUGACCUACAUAUUUAAUUACUUUUACUUAAAUUGAAAUUAUUUUAUGUGAUUGUGAGAAAAGUUCCAUCAAGCUCUUUAUUGUUCUGUCUUUUUUUCUUCCAGGUUACACUUCAAAUGGCCUCGCUAAAGUUCACCUUCAAAGUCAAAUCUGAUUGGCUGAUUACCCCUGUUUUACAAGGUCAUCAUAAAUAAGCAUCAAAACAUAUUUUAACAUUUUCUGUCCUGUAAAUAAUUAUGAAACAAAUCAAGAAAUAUUCAUUUGAAUGUCCUUCUACUCAUUCCUUUUUCAGCCACAAGAUGGCACUAUCAGUCUAUACAGGAGCUCAUUUCCCUUCAGCUUGUAUCAAACUAUAUUUUCUGCAAUUAUAAGAUGCUAUAUCUAGAUUUUUAUUAACAUUUAUAAUUUUUGAUCAUUGCAUUUCUUGAUAAAUUCAUCAAUAACAUGUUUACGAUGAAACAUGCCGCUAACAUGUUUGCUGAAACUACUGAUUUGAACUGCCUUGCUGUAAAUUGUUUUUUCAGUCCUUCCAGAUUUCCUGAAACAAAUUUGUAUCCCACAGAGCAGCGAAAACGAUCCGUAAUAAACUGCCUACAUUCA